ACACCAGAUGUAAGCAAGGGUUGUACUGCAACCAGAUCAGAUUUGUGAGCUGAAGAAAUCGUCUAAGAUUGCAUCUUUUCAACUGAUUCCAAUUCCAAAUUACAAUGGGCGGCCGGCCUGGCACGCCAUUAUUCCAAUAGUGUUUAUGAAUCAAUUGCGCACGUCGCAUUAUCGGAUUGUGUCGUGCCAUCAUCCCAGAAUGUUUCUCAUACGCAAAUACACCCCUGUGAGUUUCACAACUUUUCGUAGCCUUUUUAUCUCUGCUCAUGAAUAUUUGACUUUAGGACAAGAUUUGAUCAAAUUUUUAAAUGUUGAUAAUAAUGACUCAUAUGUUUACUUUUAAAAAAAACAAAAAAACGUGUGGAAUUUCUUUGAAAAAUGUAAAAUUUGCUAGAUUUUACAAAUUUAUUUUAGUAUAACAUCAACGGCAAAAUCUUCAAAAGUUUCAAUCUUUACUUAAACGUCGAUUAUUUUUGGACUGAUAGAACACUUGCAAUUUUGGAUGGCUUAUGGUUCUAAGUUUGGGAAUAAUGAAAAGGUGAGGGAGUUUAGUGUGAUUUUGGGAGGAUGAGAAAUAUAUAUAUGGAGGCGAAAAUUUAAAAAAUGGAGCCACUCGCGAGCCACGACUCGACCUCGCCGCGGCGGCGACGACGACGACGACCAGCACGCACUCGCACCGGCGGAUCGCCGGCGGCGGCGGAGGAGGAGACGAUGGGCACGACGUCGGUGCAGAAGAGCUGGCGCAAGGCGUGCGGCGCGAUCAAGGACUCCACCACCGUGGGCCUCGCCCGGGCGCACUCCAAGGACCUCGACGUCGCCGUCGUCAAGGCCACCAACCACGUCGAGCGCCCGCCCAAGGAGCGCCACCUCUCCAAGAUCAUCGCCGCCGCGUCCGGCGCCCGCCCGCUCGCCGACGUGUCCUACUGCGUCCACGCCCUCGCCCGCCGUCUCUCCAAGACGCACAACUGGGUGGUGGCGCUCAAGACGCUGGUGGUGAUACACCGCGCGCUGCGGGAAGGCGACGCCGCGUUCCGGGAGGAGCUUCUCAGCUACCGGCGCGGCCGCGGCGGCCAUUGCCUGCAGAUGUCCAGCUUCAAGGACGACUCCACCCCGCUGGCGUGGGAUUGCUCGGCGUGGGUGCGCACGUACGCGCUGUUCUUGGAGGAGAGGCUCGAGUGCUUCAGAGUUCUGAGAUACGACAUUGAAGCAGAGCGUCUGAGGACAGCAGAGGGAGCUCCAAAGGGUCAGAGUAGAACUAGAAGCUUAGGUAAGGAUGAGCUCUUGGAGCAACUUCCUGCACUGCAGCAGCUGCUCUAUCGGCUAGUCGGCUGCCAGCCUGAAGGAGCCGCAUUUGGAAACUAUCUUAUACAGUAUGCAUUAGCUCUGGUGCUGAAGGAAAGUUUCAAGAUUUAUUGUGCAGUCAAUGAUGGAAUCAUUAAUCUUGUCGAAAUGUUCUUCGACAUGACAAAAAUUGAUGCUAUCAAAGCUUUCGACAUCUACAGAAGAACAGGACAUCUGGCAAAAAGCCUGUCCGACUUCUACGAUCUCUGCAGGGGUUUGGAACUCGCCAGGAAUUUCCAAUUUCCAGUCCUAAGAGAGCCGCCGUCAUCAUUUCUUGGAACAAUGGAAGAGUACAUCAGAGAAGCCCCUAGAACUGCUCCUGUUGCAAAUAAGACCGUAGAAUAUCGACAACUUGAAUUCAUUCCAAACAAGGAAGAAGAACCUCCUCAACCGUUACCUGAGGUGUUAGAAGAACCUGUUAAGGAGGAGAUUUUACCUGAACCUCCAGAAGAACCCCAUCAUCCUGCAGCUGAGGUUGAUGAUGAACCUGAACCUACCACAACCGCUGAUUUAUUGGGUUUAAAUGAAGUGAACCCUGCUGCCGCCCAGCUUGAAGAGAACAAUGCACUGGCUCUGGCCAUUGUAUCACCAGGUAGCAACACAUCUGCUGGUGCAGGCAGUGGCUUCGGUGGCAUGCUUGGAUCGUCAGGUUGGGAGCUAGCGUUGGUCACUGAACCCACCAACAGCAGCAGCAACCAACUACUGACAGAGAGCAAGCUGGCUGGAGGGUUCGACAAGCUGCUGCUUGAUAGCUUAUACGAUGAUGCAUCAAGGAGGCAGCAAGGAGCCCAGAUGGAUCAUCCUCGGGAUCCGUUCGCCAUGUCGACAAGUGUCGCGCCACCGACCAACGUGCAGAUGUCGAUGAUGGCACAGCAGCAGCAAUAUUUCCAGCAGGAGCAGCAGCAGCAAAUGGUGUUAGGGAUGCCACAGCAAUUCUCAGGGUGGCCUCAGUAUGCUGGUGUUUCUCAGGCGAAUCCUUUCGGUGAUACGUAUUCAGGUGGUACUCUCCAUGGAAGCAGCAGCUUGAUCUGAACAUUUUUUUUUCUGAUUAAAAGUAGAGUAGCUUUGAUGUGAUAAUCUGAGAACUGCCAUUAAUUCAGCUUGCUCUUGUUAGCAAAACGUUGUAUCUUCUUCAGUCUUCACAGAUCUCACUUGUGCACAGUGCACUGGCAAUUUACAAGACUGGAAAACAGAAAUUCAUUUGUUCA